UGUUGGAAUAUUUCCCUAAUUUUGUUGUGCUAUUAUUACUAUCAAUGGGUGCCAUUGGUACUUGGUCUCCAGGCCAUUCUGUAUUACUUACCACGUAUCAUGUGGAGUAUUUUCACGUACAAUCGCACUGGCACAGACCUGCAAAAUUUAGUUCGCACGGCCAAUGCGAUCACCAAAGAAGAUGGAGAGAAACGACAAAAAAUGGUCCAGCACAUUGCACGCACACUGGAACUGCUCCUAUUCAGUCGACGUGAGUAUCGUCUGGCCGCCGAUUUUCGUCGCUCAUCCCUGAUUCCUGGUAAACGACACGGGAACAAUCUGGUUUAUGUAUACCUGUUUGUCAAACUGUUAUACGCCGCAGUGGGUGUUGCCCAACUAUACAUGAUGUACACAUUUUUGCGGUUCGACGCACGUGAAGGUUAUCUGUUUUUCGGUUUCCGUGUAUUGUCAGACAUUAUUCAGGGAAAACCGUGGACUGAGACUCAAGUCUUUCCCCGCGUGGGCAUGUGUCGGCACACACUUCAACACGUUGGCGCAAGCAAUCGCCUAUUUGCCCAGUGUGUUUUGCCGAUCAAUAUGCUUAAUGAGAAGAUCUAUGUGUUUCUUUUCUUUUUCCUCGGUGCGGUCAUGUGUAUCACUCUGAUCAGUAUUCCGCUCUGGUUGGUCAGAAUGGGACUGAAGAAACGACAACGGCAUUUCGUACGUCGUUUUCUCAAAAUUGCAGAUGUUUACGAUCGGGAUGAUCCGAAAAUGGCACUACUUGUGGAUCGAUUCAUUGCAGAAUUCUUGCGUCAAGAUGGUCAUUUUAUCUUGCGCAUGAUAUCUAUGAAUGCCGGAGAUCUGAUCACGGUGGAAAUAGUAUGCUGUCUGUUCGCAGAUUACAAGAAGCAAUAUAUGGACAAAGAUUUUCGUGGUCCUCCCAUUGUGCCUCGUAUGCCCAAAUACAUGCAAUCGUACUUGUCUGGGUCUGGGAGAAGUCAACAUCUAUCGAAUGAUCUGCCAAUCGAUAUUAAUGAUAAAAAUCAUCAUGGAUUUAUGAGUGCCCAACUUGAACAGGGUGACGGUGGUCCAGUGCGACAAAGACCACUACCAUCCGCUCCUUAUGGACCGGAUCAAGACGGUUCGAUUCCUGCAUUGAAACCAGUCAGCCGCGAUGCAAGUGCUCCGGAGAUCUAUCCGAUGGCCUUGCUCCGAUCUGCUCCAACUGGGGUUCAUCAUCCGGAUGGUGCUCGAAACGAAGCAUCCGACUACGCUGUGCCCGCUGCAAGAAGAGGUUCCCAGCCUACGCGACUGCCGAUGACCGCCGAAGAACGCGAAUCAACAGUCAAGAGAGUGUUUCAUAGACCAAGUGAGGUUUAA